AUGGAUCCUCUCUUCGUUAACUCUCCCGGGUUUGUCCACUCUCCCGGGUUUGUUAACCUCUCAGCUUCACAGAACACUCAAACAAUAGACGUAGAGUCUUCUGAGUUCCCUAGCUUUAGUAGUCAGGGCUCUGUAGGUCCUAAGCCGCUGGAAAGGCGCAAGUGGACACCAAAAGAAGACUUGGUGCUGAUCAGUGCUUGGUUGAACACCAGCAAGGAUCCGAUAGUCGGUAAUGAGCAGAAGGCAGGGGCGUUUUGGAAGAGAAUACAGAACUACGUUAACGCAAGCCCUCAGCUCAAUGGCUUUCCUCCUAGAGAGUAUAGUCAGUGUAAGCAGAGGUGGGGAAGAGUGAACGACUUGGUGGGGAAGUUUGUGGGAUCCUUUGAGGCCGCUUUGAAGAACCAAGCUAGUGGCCAAAACGAGAAUGAUGUAGAAGAUGGUGCAAAGGACAAAGGGAAGGAAUGUGCGGACAAGAGGAAGGAACAAGCGGAGGUGGUGGUCGACGAUGAAGAGGCUCGGCCUCCUGGUGUUAAGGCUAGCAAAGCAGCCAAACGGAGGAAGCACGGGAAUGAAGCAGCUUUUGAUCAAAUAAACAACAUCCUAGCUGUGAAAAAUGACAUAUCGAAAAAGAAAAUCCUUAGCCGUCUCCUAGCCAAAACAGAAGAGACACUAUCUGAUAUUGAAGUCACGGGUUGCAAGUCACAAGUGGCAGGUCACGGGUUGCAUUAUGUUCUGUCUGUUUUAUGUCUAGUUGCUCAGUUUGUUUCACGGGAAAGUGUAGCAUUUUCCUUCUGA